CAAUUUGGCCCAACACUAAACUGUUAGUAGUCGAUGGAAGAAGGCACCAAGGGUAAGAAGACCAUUUUCAUUGGGGGUAUUGGGGAUGAUGUCGAUGAGACGGUGAUCUACGAGCAUUUUGCGGCUUUCGGUGACAUCAUUGAAGUCCAACUACCUCCAGCACCAGCUAAUCCAUCAAAGCCAACAGAAUUCAAACAUCGUGGUUUCGCAUUUGUGACAUACUCUUCUCCUACAGAUGCUCAGGAUGCAAUCGACAACAUGGAUCUCAAUGAGUUACGAGGCAGGGUGUUGAAAGUCAACCAAGCUAAGCCUAUGAAAGGCUUGCAACCUCCAGAUGGGAAUAGAGCUAUCUGGGAAUCAGAAGAAUGGCUGAAAGAGCACGCAAAGCCAUUGGCACAAAGUGGAGGUUAGCAAUUUUGCGCAUAUUCGUAUUGUUUCACUGAUAUUCUCCAGGUGUGCAAGGUCGUACGGCCCAACGAGCCUCUUCUGCAGAAGCCGAAGAACAAGCCAACGAUGAAGAGCCGGAUGCAAUGGAAGAGUAACCAGGCCACGGCAGCCUCAGUCGCCAUUUCAUGGCAAGUGGAGCAAACAGUUUCAACGAAAACCCACUACCUUGUUGUUCUCGGCAGCUUCCUCAUGCCUGCACGAUAGUACUUGAUGUUGCGAGAGCGGAGACGCGGUAUGAUGUUGGCAUCGGUGGGUGGUCUGUGAUGCCAAGAUAUAAAAAUACAGAUGUAGUAGAAAAUAAGA